GCUAGCUAAUGACUCAGGCUUUUUUGUGUUGUUGAUGUUUCUUUUACACGGCUUCUUUUUCACACCCCCUAUAGCUUGCAUGUGGUUUCCAAAUAGAAACCAAAAAUAGCAUUUUUUUUUUUGUUUGUUUCCACACAUUCUGUACUUAGUUUCGAAAACGUUGUGGAACAUUAUGCCAGGUGUUUUUCUCACGCUGUGUGUUUUGGUUUUGCAUGGUUUAUCUGGUGUUGAUUCAGAGAAAGUGUCAGUGAUGGAGGGAGAUUCAGUCACGCUACACACUGGCAUCAAAACAAAUCAAACAGACAGAAUGAAUUGGUUUUUUAAUGACAAUCGUAUCGCUCAGAUCAGCGGAGAUCAGAGUAAGAUCUGUGCAGAUGCUGUGUGUCCUGAGAGAUUCAGAGACAGAUUGAAGCUGGAUCAUGUGACUGGAUCUCUGACCAUCACAAACAUCACAAACACAGACUCUGGACUCUAUAGACUUGAUAUCAACAGCCACAACAAUGGAAAGACCUUCAGUGUUUCUGUUCAUGAUGCUCCUGCCGCUGAUCGAGAAGAAAUAAAGACAGUGAAGGAGGGAGAAUCUGUCACUUUAGAUCCUGGAGUCAUGAACAACACAAAUUGUUUGUACACGUUUCUUUUUAAUGACGUCCUCAUCGCUGAAAUCAGUGAAGAACCCAAUAAGACCUGCACAGAUGUUCAGUGUGAUAAAGGUAAUGAGAGAUUCAGAGACAGACUGAAGGUUAAUCAGACUGGAUCUCUGAUCAUCACAAACACCAGAACCACAGACUCUGGAGAAUAUAAACUACAGAUCAUCAUCAUCAGCAGCAGCUUCAGUAUCAGGAGGAGCAGGAGUUUCAGUCUUACUGUCACUGGUUCAGGUCCGUCUCUAGCUGUUGUAGCAGGAAUAUGUGCUGCUGUAGUUAUUCUGCUCGUGGCUGCAGCUGCUGGUGUAAUGUAUCUUGAGCAAAAGAAAGGUGAGUAA